CGAUCAGCUGUUGUUUGUACGAGUGCUGGGUAACAGACGACAGGACAUAGUAAUGUCGAGGUCGAGAGUUAUUUAUUAGUGACAGUGUGAAGGGAUUUUCGUGGAAUUUGAUUAUUGUAAAUUUGUAUUUAUUAUUGUUCAGUAACACUCUUAAAUAACAGUGAAUAAUAAUUCUUCAUGGUGUAUUUAUCUGGAAAUAUAAGUGCCAAGCCUAGCUUUGUUUGGUUAUUUUAUCUACAAUAUCCGUGAAUUUUGCAUGUUAUUUAUAAUUCCAUUUCCAUUAUAGUGUUACAAAUACAGUUUUUGCAUACCGGUCUUCGAAUCAAUCCUACUCAACGAGUGAUGUACUAGUGAAAUAUAUCUAAAUAAUAUGAAUCUCCUUUUUGAGAGUACUUGUAACUUGAUAGUAACAUUGACGUGUUUGGCUCUGGACCCAGCGAAGCCUGCCAUUUUACACAGAUAUUGAAGAAAAGAGACAAAUUUGAGUUAUAUUAACAAAGUGAAAUAUUUAUUACCUUCGAUAACUACCAUACUCGAAAUGGCUGAUAAAUCUUUUAAAAAUGAAUCGGAAGCCUGCCAUCUUGUGUUUGAUGUCUUCAAAGAUCUCAUAGAACAUCUUCAAUCAUCGUCCAUUUGACAUUUGACACGCCACAAUCAUCCACUAUAACUCAAAGGACUCCAUCUUCAUCUGGAACAUCUGGUUUUUUUUAAAAAUGUUCGAUAAACUCUUGUGUUCUCAUCCCUACUCGCCUUCCUACUUCAAACUUUUCAUUCCUCUUCAGAAGUGAUCCCCAGAAGGGAUCUUCUUUUUCAUCAACUAGUUUAUAAUUUAUUGCAUCUUGUAUAACUGAAAUCAGGGCCCAUCGUGAAAACUGGGAUCAAUUGAAAGUCAAUUCUUCCAGCACUGUAUUUUUCAACAAAUUUCUUACCAUGUUGAGUGAUUUGCGAAAUUUUUCUUAUGACCCAGAAACCAUUGAAAUUGAACUCACAGACAUGGAUUUCUGGGGAAGAUUUAUAAAAAUUUCUAAAUUGGUAUACGUGUAAAUAGUCUGUCAUACAAAUUAUUAGAAUACAUAUUUACCUUGUUAUUAUACCGGAGAAAACGGGUCAGCUUUGAAUUUGUAAUAUAGAAUAAUCGUCAAGCAUAAGUUAAUCAGUUUUAGAAUAAAAUUAAAUCAUUCUCCAUCAACUAUUAAAGCUAUAUUCAAAGAAGACAAGCCAAUAUAUAGAAAUAUUUCAACAGUAAGCACAAACUUAAUCUACUGUACCGAGAAUUAUUUAUUUUCCAUUCAGUGAUAUAAUAUAUAAUAUGUUAUAACCAAUAAAUUUAUCAGCUUUGGAUAUCCUGCUUAAUGAGUGGAACAAUUUUUGGACUGGAAAUCUCAUAAAUCGAACUCUAUCUAUCGCACUGAUAGCUUCAAUUUUGAGAAAUGUAACAAAUUAGUCAUGUUCAAGUCUUCAGCUAGAACUCGAGGUUCUGAGUAUUGAAAUGGUAUAAUUGUUGCAAAAAUGUGAACUUUACCAGUGUGAUAAGAACUUUUCAAAAUGUUUUCAUUAUAGAUUAUUGUUGGACGUAAUUAUUGUGAAAAUGGUGUAAGCUAAGUACUUGUAUUACUUAGAACCAAGUGGUUUUCUAUUCAGAUCUGCGAUAUUGUGUGUAUUACGGACAGAAAAAUCUCAUUUACGAAACCGGGAAUAAACAAACUUUUUCAAGAUGGGUUCCUCAAGGACCCGUAUAAAAAGAACUUUUGGUUCUCCUGUUAAGUGGAAAAGACUUGUGUGGGGUGAGUAGAGGUAGCGAGUACCUCCGAGAUCUUCGCUCUGACGAAGAGCGAAUUUUCGUCUAGCGUCUUCGAGAAAAAGCCUACAACUUCAAAAUGGGGAGUUCAUGCUCAUCAGGUCAAGCCCACAAGGACAAGGAUUCAUCCCAGGGAUCCGAAGAUAGUUCUCCAAGCUACCAUGUGGCAAGGACUGGAGAAUCGGUGUUCGAGCCGCAACCGGGUGCGUCAACUUCAGCCGGCUCCUACCCACCUGAAACGCAACCGCAGACAUCUAUGGCCAGCGUGUCGUCAGGUGUGGUGCUCAGAGUUGAUAGUGCUUCCGAUCCACCACCCAGGACAUUGGCUGAAAGACAGGGAGCAGCUAGAGCCGGCGGAUCGGCUGAAGGCGCUUCCCCUAGUUCACCACCUAAUCCACCUGAGCCUACCAUUCCGGUUGACAAGACCAAUCUUCCAACAACAAUUAUCAAAAUGCCUGAUGAAAUCUUGCAUCUGCUGCUUGGGACAAUUCCGGCUGCGAGAACCGUUGUCAAAGCCAAAAAGAUUACCAUCUACGUGGCAGCAGCCGACUCACAAGACUGCUGCCUGGAAAAGGGUAUUUUGCACAACAAAGUCUACCCAGUGCUAAGAAAGGAGGCAAUUGAGCAUGGCUAUGAGCUUCACAUUGUAGAUUUACAUUGGCGGACAGCUCUAGAAAAACAACAAGACCAUGAGUUCCCUGAAUUGUGUGUUGAGCAGCUAAACCGUCAAGCAGAAAUCUCGUACACAAUUCCAGUGAUCUUUCUGAGUGAUUCACUUGGAACUCCAUUGUUGCCAAAGACCAUCGAAGCACAAGACUUUGAAAUGGUUCUGAUGAACCCAAUGACUGAUGCCGCUGACCGAAACCAUCUACAGAAGUGGUAUAGGCUGGAUAGCGAUGCACAACCACCCUGCUUCCGCCUGCAGUCAUUCAAAGCCGAAAUACCUGGAUUAAAGGAUUUUCGUAGCGAAGAACGCGCCAGAGCUUUAGCCGAAUGGCAAGCCGAGGUUGAUCACGUUUUCGCCGUCCUUUUGGCCGCAUUUUCCGAAGAACUUCGUGACUCCUACCUGACAACAGUUGUCGAACAAGAAGUGCAUAACACUGUUGUCAUGAGCCAGGAGUUGGCCAAACGCUGCGUAUGGCUGCAGCGAGUUUAUACACAUCAGCCGCUUGAAGAGUUGAGAGUGACAACUAAAAGCGAAGCAGAACUCAAACGUCGUCUGGAUACCAUCCAGAAGGCCUUGAAGACAUCAUUAGAAGAGAAGCACGUCCUCCGCAUAUCGGUUCCUUGGAACAAGUCUGGUCUAGAUCAAAGCUUGCCUGAGAAUGCCCAAUAUGCGGCUGAUGUCACAGUACAGCUGCGUAUAGCUUUACUGUCCAUCAUCAAUGAAAUAGUAGAUGACGAUCCAAUCAAACUAUUGCCGCCGCUCAGCUCAUCAUAUGGCAUAGAAGCCGAAUUAUUCUACGAACUUUCGAGACAAGCACAAUUUAUACAAAAGUUGGCACGUUGCAGCGUUAAUGGGGAAGACCCAAUGUCACAAAUGAAAUCCUAUAUCAAAGCGGAAAUUGCUAACAACAAAAUAUUCGUUCUUCACGGAACCCAAGGAUCUGGCAAAAGCACUUUGGUCGCCCGUGCGGCUCUAGAAUGCCACGAGUGGCUGCCAGGCUCCAUGCUCGUAGUUCGCUUUGUCGGUGUGACCGCUCACAGUUUGAGUAUGGAGCAAAUUAUAAGAACUAUCUUGGCACAAUGUGAAAUAAUUGAGGGGGGUCAUGUGUUGACUCACAAACACAGUUUAGAUACUUACGCACAAAUUUUCCGAAGUACUCUGGCGGCUACUGCUUUAAAGAGGACUGUAAUUAUUAUUUUGGAUGGACUGGAUCAGGUCCGUGACUUUGGGACUGACAAUUAUGACUGGCUACCUACGUCGUUGCCUCCCAAUGUUCGAAUGAUUCUGACAGCAAACGAUGAUAAUAAAGUGAAUCAUUUUGAAAGAAUUGAGAGAAGACUUGGAUCAACGGGAGGCUAUUAUGUAAAGAUGCCAACUCUUGAUGAGCUAGAAGCUCAGAACAUCUUGAUGUCUUCUGUUGUUGAAUACAAUCAUAGUGUCAAUAGCACCGUACAAGAUUGUGUCAAAGCAUCAGUAGCUGAGUGCACAUUACCGUUAUACAUCAAGGUUUUGGCAUGGCAUACAUCGUGGAUAGGGCCUGGCUCUGAGAGUGAGGUUAUUCCAAAAGGAACAGUUGACAAGCAAGUGAAGUUGAUGUUAGAACAGCUUGAAGGAUUGCUUGGUACUGAACAGGUUGCUAUAGCGAUGGCUUUACUAGUGGCAUCCAAAUUUGGUCUCUCAGAUUCUGAAAUGUUGGAUGUGCUAGCCCAUGAUUCAGCUUUCCAUAGUUCUUCUACAUAUGUGAAAUGGGCUCCAGCUUGCUUGUUCUGGGCGAGGUUCGUGAAACGCAUGUGGCCGUUCCUAACAUGGCUGCCGGCUGGAGGCACAUGUGUGAUCCAGUGGCGUGAUGCAGCAAUACGCAAUAUUGUGCGUAAGAAGUACUCAAACCGAAUGUCAUGGGCGCACAGUAUCCUGGCCGACUACUUCAAGGGAGACAUGUGCAGGAGAGGAGAAGAGAGGCUUGACGCACGGUUCUUUGAUCAGUCUAACAGCGUUGGUAAUGGCCGCUACAACUGCAGGCGGUUGGAAGAAUUGCCUUACCAUAGCUGUAAGCAGAAUGAUAAGAACUACGUCAGGGAUUAUGUUUUCAAUCACAUCUGGAUAUAUGACAAGCUGUGCGGUACUUCAGUCUACCAGGUUCUGGAAGACGUUCGAAUGGCUCCAAAUGACUGUGCAAUAUCACAUGACCUAUCGUGGCUUCGAGGGUUUUUGGAGCACAAUAGCACAGGUUUGGGAAUCGACGGACGCCAGUUCUACACCCUUCUGGGAGCUCCAGAUCUGUACAGAUCGUCGCAUAGUAAUCUGUGUACGGCUUGGGCACAAAUAGCUAUUGAUCCGCCGGUUUUUUGUCUCACCAUUCUACCAACAACCAGAGAAAGAGCACUGAGUACUACCAGUAGAGAUUCUCAGGAAAGCAACCCGGAGCUCUUGACCAAGACGUAUUUCGAUAACAUCUACAGGCUCCCUAAAAGCUGUGACUAUGUUAUCACAACUUCUGGCGACCGAGAAGAAAUCUGUGUAUGGGAUGCAGUCAAGUGCACAAGGGUGCGCACUCUGCGUAAGGUGACACAGCCGUUGAGCUUAGUGAUGAUUGAUGAUUACCAAAGUAUUGUCCUCUGCAAGCGUGAGCUCAGAACUUAUGAUCUCAAUGAAGGCCACCUUAUAGGCAAGCUUAAAGGUGUAAUGAACCAGAAGAUGCCCUACUACGGUCUUCAUGACGCGAAUCAUUUGGUUGCGUUGUCUCGUAAUCGGAUGUAUGUCAAUCUCAUGCAUAUAGAAACCAGUGACCUUGUAACAACAUUCAAAGCUGGUGAAGAUCGUUUUCUUAACUCUCUGAUGGUAUCAGGCGAUGGAAGGAUUCUGGUUUGUGGCGACGAAACUCAAAAACCAUUUCCGCUGCUUGUUUGGGACCUAACUUCGCGGAAACUGCUCUACGAUCUGAGGAUAGCACACCAUGAUUUCCUCACCGAAUUAGCAGCAAUCACUUACGAGGGUCAUUUCGUUUGCUGUGUCACUUCGGAAGUGGAUGAGCCGGGUCCCAACUUCAUAGUCGUGUACGACCUUCAGUCAGGCACUUUGUUCAAGAAAUGGAAAGCUGGAGUGGAUUGCGUUGCCCUUGACAUUUCAUCCAAGGAUGCUUGUGUCCUUAGUGGACACGAAGAUGGCCGCAUUCUUCUCUGGGACCUUGUCACCGGAAACUGCAGGUGCAAGCUGAUGGGACAUUCUGGGCCAGUCACGUGCUUGAGACUCGAUCCCAGUGGUGGAACCUUCAUCUCCUACGACACCAAAUCCAGGGACAGAUCCAUGAGGCUGUGGAACAUCGCAAAAGGUGAGCAAGCUGCCGUCUACACACCGGACCGUCGAAUAACUGCGGCGGAGAUAGUCUCCGGUGGUCAGUUCGUUGUGAUCGCAGUUGAAGGUGUGGAUCAGCUGAUUACGUUGCAGCUCAUUGGGCCACAAAAACCUCGCACAGAUGGUCAAAUCAUCAAGAUGGAAUCUGACUACAACCUGGAGGAGAGGUGUGGUAAGGUAUUCGAUUGUGAAGAUAGGUGACCUGUGACUUUCUCUUCAGAGGUCGGAAUAAUUGAAUAGCACAACCCUAUCCUUCCCAUCAGGCAAGGAAUCUGUUACACUUCAUUCAUUUUGCGUGAAACAAGAAUAUAGAGGAACAGAGAACAAUAUUAGUUCUGCGAACUCUUUUUUUAAACCUAUACAAGAUAAUGAACGUUACUAACGAUUUGAGCAUUUCAUCAUUCGCGUCGAGAAACUGUAAGAUAAGUGAAAUGUUCAUAUUUAUACAUAUUAUACAAGUGCCGGCUGAUACGAUAAUGUACGUUAAAAUUUCAAAAUGUAUUGUACUUAUAAGUUAUUUCGCGUAAAGAUGAUUUAAAAUUUAUUCUGUGUCAAUGCAAAGUGAUUUGAAUAUAUAAUUGAUGACGCAUCAUACUGCUCUGUAUGUUCGUCAUACUUGUAAUCUCUUUAUAUCUUGGAAGUUGCACAUAUUGAAACGUUCAAAUAUUUCACUAAGAAAUUCUAUGUGUGUUUGUAGUUCUAUAUUCAAAUAUUUUCUCACCCUACCAGUCAAAAUGUCAACUAGUUUUCAGUAUUUCUUGCCUAUCACUUGAAAUUUUCUAUCUUCAUGACGGUUUAAUUCAGAUUUUUGAAAAAUUGUCACGAAAGUUCUUCUAAUAUACACAACAGUUCAAAACUCAGGUCAAGGCUUUAAAGAUGUAGAAUAUAAUUUCAGACUUGAAAUUUCUAUUCCUGAUCAUGUAAAUAAUUGUUGGUAGAGGUGGUGACAUGUUUGUGUUGAAUACAAAUUGAUUUCUGUACAGAUCAUAAUCUUAUGCUAAACUAUUUAUGCCUAAUCGUUGGUAUUUGACACCUUAUUAAUCUCGAUUAACUAAUAAUAAUAAUAAAUAUUUUUAAAUUCAUCGAGUUCGACGAUACUGGUAAUAGUAUAUAAUUAUACGUUACAUUGGUUUUGCGCUUAUCAAGACUUUUAUUGUGAUAAGUGGAGUGUAACAGAUUUUUUGUAACUCUGUUCGAAAAUAACAAGACCAAAUGUCAUUUUAGAUAUUAGCCUAUUAGCUGCGUAACAGUAUUAUUAAAAAAUCAGUAAGAACUAUUAUUAUUUGAGUGCAUAGUGAAUCUACUGAAAAUGUGUUCAUUGGAGUAUGGGAGAUGCACCCUUUGAACUACAAAUUCUCAAGUCAUAAUGCUGAAACUCAGUGGUCUUGAGAAUAAACAGAGGGUUUAUUCUUCGGAAGUGAAUUCUAUGUUUUGUUAUUGUAUUAUUUAUUGUAGUGUAACUACUUUUUAUUCACAACAACUUACUUCUUCCAAGAAAAUCUACAAUAUUUACAGUUUUACACAUGUUGUGGUUUUCACAUUGGGUUGGAACACGCUUUCUGGUUCCAAAUUCAAUAUGAUAAAGUUCAGAAAGCAAGAAAGCGGAACAGCCUUCCUUCAUUUUGAUAUUGUUUCGAAUUAUUAACCCUUAAUCUUGUUGGGACGUUUUUGUUUGAAAAUCUUUUGAAGGCUUUCAGCUGUGCAUUCAAGAUAACCCACGUAGAAUUAUCUGCAGCCAAGCUCUGUUAUUGACUGCUUUUAAAUUAUGAUUUCACAAGGGAGAAGAUGUAAUCCUUGAUUAAAGUAUUGCUUCGUUCACUCAAAUACGUAGGCCUAGUAUCGCACAUGGCGCUACUACCUGGGUUAUCUUGAGAAUAAAUGUUUUUAUUUUAUUUUUGUGUACGUUGAAGCCUGCUCUAUUAUCAUGUUCUGUACUUCUCUCAUACAUGAUAAUAGUCGAGGGCCUCAAUGUCAACAUUAUUUUCUACAUUUUUAUCUUUGGAUUUCGAUAUCCAAAGUUCAUGUCAAAACUCUGUGAUCUGUUAAUAAUCCUGGGUAUUCUGAGACUCUAUUCUAAGGCUCGAUAUGUAAUAAUUAAUAUAGAUAUAACCAACUUCUGGAAUUGAGUGAGAUGAAGCUGGACUCACAUUUCUAUUAUCGAAAACAGAAAUUCAAUCUUUAAAAUCUAUCCAAAAUUAUUUCCUUCCAGUUUUUUAGCUCCAAUAUCUGUAUCAGUGGUUUCUCUCAAUUAUUUCCUUCCAGUUUUUUAGCUCCAAUAUCUGUAUCAGUGGUUUCUCUCAACGUGCAAUGAAACUUCAACAAGCAUUAUCUCUCUUUCUAUCUUUAUUUUAAAAGUUGGUCACAUAAAUACAUUUGUAAGGCUUGUAGAUAUUUAUCUACAUACAUAUUGUACAUAUAUAAACGAAACUAUUUUAUAUCAAAAUGUAAAUAUUAUAUACAUAUUCAAUUACUUGGAGGUAUCCAGUGAAAAUGUUCUCUAAUCAGAAUAUUCAUAAGCUAAAAUCUACAUGUAUUUAUUUUCUCUCAUUCGUACUGGAAUCUUCCCAACUUGAUAUGUAAAAGGCGUGAUACCGAACUUCAAUAGUGACUGUUACUCUGCUUCUAAAACAUUUUCUGGGUCUGAAAUUACAAAGAGAAUAUUCGCGUUCCCUAUCUAUCAAUUUCUUAUCCCAAUUGUAAUAAUAGUAGAUGUAAUAGUAUCAUAAAUACGAAUCACUCCAUGAUCGAGCAUUAAAAGUCUCAAGAAAUUCUCUUGUAGGAUAGAAAUUUAUGAGUUUUCAGAAUACAGUAACUUUUAGCUUAGCGGAUAAAUUCUAUAUAGAAUAUAAUACAGAAAACUAGUUAUUAAAUUUCUUCUGUCUCAGAAUCUCCCUCCUAUUAAAUGUUGAAGUUCUAAUCUCAAUCUGAAACUGGGAAAUGGUUAUGCACAUUCGUUUAACAGAGCGAAUAGAAAGCAAUAAUUAUUUCUUCAAUUUUUUUAUACACGGGAUGGAAUAGUGUGGGGUGUGGGUUCAGCUUUAAGAAUUAUUCUGGUUUUAUUUUCUUCUAUCAACCCUUAAAUUAACCUGAUAUUCAUCUAUACCAUAUCUAAUCGAUUCAGAUUUAAUGUGUAUCGAGUCUCAGAAUACUACAACCAGAAGAUACAUAGUUUUCAAGUAAUUAUUAUCAAAUCAUGCUUGAACUAUGUAUUCAUUGUAAGUUAUCCAUAACUACUUUAUAUAUAAUAUCGAUCUAAUAAGGGACAUGGAUUAUUUCGUGUUUCUUCGGUUGCAUCGAUACUUCACCCACUAUAUGUCAUGUACCGUACCCUUCAAAUGUUCAUCAUGUGUGAUAUCACUCUAUUAGUUUGCAACUGUUGUCCAUGAAACUUUCGCUAAACACCUUCCAUAUACUAAAUCCCAGUGUGCCUUCUUGUCAUCCUUCAACCCGUUUCUCUCUUUAUCCUGUUCGCUUUUGAAAAAAAUGCUUGAAAUUUAUGUAUGAAUAGAAGAUUUGAGUUCAUAGAAUUAUAACUAUAUAGGUGUAUCAACUCAAUUAGAACCAUGAAGUAAGCUUCUCUCCUCAUGCAUAGUAAAACACCCACUGAUUAGUCUAACAUAUAUCAUAUACCAUUCAUUAUAUUAUUCUCUCAUCAUACAUUUCAUCAAUGUGUCCUUGUCAUUGUAUUUCAUAAAUGAUGCAAAGUAAUGCAAAGUAGUGUUAUAACCUAAAUCUGUUACAAAGAGUGACAAGAACCAUACUUCUAUACAAUACUGCAACAGUGAUUGUCGUUCAGUAUUUACAACAUCUUUUCAUGUAUGGUUAUCAAGGUUUAAACUAAUUAAUCAUUAUUAAUAUAUAUUAAGGCCUAUGUGUUUUGUAUGUUCAAUCGAAAAGAAAAUGUUUAAAAACAAUAGUUGUUCUGCAAAAAUAGAGGACCUGCCACAGAAGAAGGUGCAUAUGUUGGAGUUGAAUUUCCAAUGUUUUUCAUAUUCUACAAAAUGUGUUCAUCUUUCUUCAUCAAAUUUUAUAUAGUACGUGUUUGUUCACUCAAUGUAUCUUGGAAAUUAUUCACUUCAUCUCCAAAAAAGAGGGCACUUUUAUCAUAUAUUAAUUCAAAUGAACGGUUUUAUUCAGUAGGCUAAUCUAUUUGUGAGGUUUUUAUUCUAUUUAAUAAACAAAAUAUAAACUUUUGUUAUUCAUGUCAAUAAUCAAGUAAUGAGAUCGAUCAUUCUCACAAGUAGACUAUCAUUAUGAAGUUGGUAUAAUAUUUUGCAUAACUAUAGCAAAUAAGAUGAUCUGUCUGUAUUUGAGUAAUACUUUCAACUUGACUCCAUUUUUACUGAAUGAGAUAUCUAAGUGUAACCACAUUUCCAAAAAUCAGACAACUACAGGUAACACAGCGGAGGUCAAAAAACUGGAAUAUAAUUCAGAAGAUGACUUGUAGCACCAAAAGGAGCUUUGCUGCUGUACCAGUAGUGGAUUAGUGCAUUUCAGCCAAAGCAGUAAGAAUGCCAGCAAAAUCGUGAGUAGUCAGUGACUUCCCUUUCAUCAGUCUCAUUUCUUGAUUGUUAUUGUAUCUAUAGUCUAUGUGACUGCUUACAUCACCUCAGUAAGGUAUGCCUGAACUCGCGCGUUUUGCUCAUUAUUUCAAUCAAGUGGCAAUCUGUAGAAUGAUAGAAGAUUGAAUCAUGCUUAAAGAUAUUUCGAUUACUUAGAUAGGUUCCUAUAUAACUUUCUAGCUUCCGUAGUAGAUAAACAAAUAACCACUAAAAAUGUUUGAAAACACUAUGUACCAUAUAAAUUCAAUUUGAUAAUUCCAGAAGAUCAGCAAUAUUUUUUUGUUGUUCGCAGCAUGAAGCUGUUAUAUCAGUAAAAGGGAAUGAUACACAAAUCAGUAUUGUGAUUUUUAAUGAUCAUAAAAAUUAAAAUAAAAUGUAAUUCACAUGAUGAAUACAUCAAAAAUCUGAUUCAUGUUUUUCGAAUAAGUCUAAAUAUUGCAGUUUGAUUUUUGAGUAAUAAUUUUCUCUAACCAGACUUCAAAGUUUUAGACUUUUUGAGGAGAAUUGAACUGAGAAAAUUUGAACACAAUCUGAUUAGCCACUUGAUGACAAUUCGAUAAUAUAAAUUAUUCGCACCUUCUUUUGUGGCAUGGGUUAAGUAUAAAAGUAAGUCAAUAUUUAUGUGUUUGGUGUUAGUCAUAUAAUAUGUAACUGAAAAUUUAAUUAAGGAUCUCCACAUUUCGUUUUCAAGUUGUUGACAUAACAUCGUCAUACUCAUUCGGUUGGAUAAAGAUUGUAAAAUUGGUGAUAUUGUUCUUGACAAGACGAUUUUCUCCGUUCUGUGAUGAAGUGUGAAUGAUUGUUGUGCAUGUGCUCUGAUGUGUAUUACACCACAUGAGAAAUGGAAAAAUAUUGUGAAGUGAUACAAUACUGCAUUAUGUUUAAACCCAGUUUUGAAGGGAACUGUUGACAAUUCUAUUCUUGUAUAGGUUCAUAAUUUUUGAAUAACGAAAUUAGAGAAUUAAUCUUCUCUAAUUAGUUAGUUUGGUAAUUCGAUAUUAUUAUUUUCAUUUUUUUAUUGCAUUGAUAUUAAUUGUUGUUCUUUGAGAAAAAUCAAUAAUCAUUGGACAGUCAGAUUAUUUAUUCUUUAUAAUGUUUGAAUACUGUGCUUGUGGGCUUGUUCACAAACAACAGGAUUAUUAUAAUUAUUAUCAUGACGCUAUCAUUUUAGAUGAAAUAUGCUAAGAAUAUGAACAUGUAGAUUGUGGGCUAUUUUUUACGAAGCUAAGCUCUGGAAUUCAAUUAUUGGAUCUCUGGUCACUGAAAAUUUGAGAUGCUGGUUCUGAAAUGGUGUGCUAAAUUGAAAGUAACAAACAAAACAUGAAACACUAAUCAGGAUGAACAGCUUUGAAUCAUUCUGUUUGGAGAGAAGAGGUUCUCUAUGAAAAGAGACUUGUCAAGAAAUGUUGGAUUAUUUAUGGAAGGCAAUUAGUACAUGUAAUUGAAGUAAUUAUGUUUUUUCAUGAAUUUUGAGAGAUUGAGUACAUGAUUGAUGAUUGAAAUGAAUACACGAUCAAUAAAUCAGAAAUUGAGACAGAGUUUGACAAAAUCUAUUGUAAUAAAAAAAUGACAAAACAUUAAAUGAGCAAGACAAUUUCGAUUUAUUCAAGACCAAGAAUCGAAAAGAAUUGUCGUUGGUAUUUUUGAGCUUUUAUUAUCUCAGUUAUAUCAUUGUGACUGAAACAAUGUCUUCUAAAAUUCAUAAAAAAUCAUAUGAUUAUUUUAUAAUAAUGAAUAAUGCAAAUAUGGCAUAUUUACUUACAAUUCUGAUUCAAUGUCUUGCCAAUUUCAUUCUUGUUUUCCAUUUAAUUUACUUGUUAAUCAUUGCUGUCAGUGAAAAUUGAUCAUUGCACAUGAAGAAAGACUCGGGAUGAUAGAAAUCUUAUAUGAAGCAUUUAAAAUAUAUCACUAGUAGGCGUGAGCUAGAGAAUGGAAAAUGAGAAAGUUUUCCGGAAAAGAUUAAUUUUCUUUAAAAAAAAUGUAUUUUAUGUUCGUGUAAUGUUUUUCAUUUUAAUUUAUUCAUCGUUUCCUUUCUGGAUGUUUGAUCCCUAUUGGGCAACCAUUUAUGUUCUCAAUUAAUUAGCCUAUUUAAGUUACGAUUUACUAAAAUUUAUGAAACUCUUCAAUUAGACUCAUUUUUUCAAUAAUUUCACAGACCAAUAUUCUUUUCCACUCUUCCUCUUUUUCCAAUCCUAUUCAUUUUCAUGUUCCUAAUGAUUUACUAAUCAUUUUUUCAGUGUGUGUGUUUUUACUUAUCUAAUAUUAAUAUUGCUUACUGUCAAUUCAUUAGUCUUUCAUCGUCAAUUUUUUCUUCCAUAUUCCUAUUUUUUUUUUAAUUCCAUGGUUUAGUUAACCUUUUUAAAAUUCUUGUAAUCAAUUAAUUUGUUAUUGUAUAAUUUUGGUUUUCUAGUUCAUUUUAUUCGACUUCUAUUGUACUAUUACCUUUAAUUCAGUGGAUGACAAUGAAUGAAUUCAUCCACAAAUAUUCAACAAGAAUAUAUGAAAAAAUAGACAUAGGGAGUAGAUCCUUUGAUGUAACACGCAAUUUUACUACAUGAUACGCAAAUUUAGUAAUUAUAGACAAGUAUAAACAAAACCUACCAUGAUAUAAUAGACUAUCCAUAAAUUUUGGUAAAAACUUUUUAUUUGAUUUUUCUUGAACAGUUUAAUCAAAUCUAAACCAGUUUUAAAUUCAACCUGUGCUAAUUGGAUCUAGUCCCUUGAUAUGAUUAUACCUGAAGAAUAAUUAAAGAAACCAAACAUAGACCUAGUUUAUAUCACAACUCAUCUGUACAGCAAAUUAUUAUUGCUAAGUAAUGUAUAUUAUCACCAAGUCCAUGGUAUCAUCUUGUUCUGUUUUAAUGGUUCUAGUUAAAAUGUCUUGGAAGUGAAUCAAUUUAUGUAAUAAUGAAUCCGGUAUUGUAUAAUUGGAAAAUUCAAUAAUUUUAUUUCCAGAUGAAUAAUUUGUAAACGCAUUGAAAUUACCAAUUUUGAAAGUACGAAUUGUAAUGGUUUGGUUUCAAUGCUUGAAUUAAUGAGUAUAACUUGAAAACGGAGGUCUCAUUACAUUAAAAAAUAAAAUCUUUGUGUAUCUUUGUCAAAUUAAUUAUUUCUUCAGUUUCUUAUAUGUUCUCGUAUAUUUGGCAUCAUAGUUUUAUACAAGUGCGAUACUGAUCCAAGAUGUUAUUCCUCCUUAUCCUAAUCUAAGUCCUCCUUCUGCAUCUAACCUAAGUGCGUUAUCAUAGUUUUCAGAGUGAUUGUCUCCUUACCCAUUCAAGGGAAGUAGUUAGAGGUAUUGUUAGGCAGAAUCAUUUAACAAAAUGUUGAAUUGUUAUUUGAUUAUUGUGAUUAAUAUUUAAUUAAUAAAUCAAUCGAGCUGGCCUCGAAUAUCAAAUAAUACUAAAGAUUAUCUCUAGAAAUACAGUAUGUUAAGACCUGUGUUCAAUAUAUUGUAAUGGUUGGGUACACUUUCCAUUUGACCUAUGUACUUAUUCAUUAUUUGUUGAAUAUAAAAAUCCAUUAAUUCAAUCCAGUA